UGCAAUUCGUAUUCGGGCGUGAAGCAUAGUUCAUUGCCUACAUUUAUUUUCCACAGUUGGAAGUGUGUGGCACGACGUUAAAGAACGUAAAGUUAUCAAGAUGGACCUAAUCGCCCUAAUAUUUUGGCUCAUGUUUUUGGUUAAUUCAAUCAGCACGGACUCAGUGGAUGAAACGUAUGAGGCUUCAGCAGUUCCUCAGUUAGAAUACACUACCAGAACUAUCGAAACGACAACAAUCAGCACAAUUGAUGUCUUGCAAAACCAGCUCAAUCAGAUUCUUGUUCAAUUUUGUGCCUCUGAAAUCGAUCGAAACAAAACGGCGUCCGCGAUUUUGAAGUUUGGUCAACUUGUUGAUGCAAAAUCAGCCAUGAAAAAUGUUGUCGGCUUCUACGUCGAUAAUUACGAAGAUAGUUUUGACAAUUUGUUGCUAUUUAUAGACCAGAUCCCAUCGCUUGAAUUGCAAAAUGUAGCUUACAACACUUUGGUCGAAGCUACCAAGUCGAAUCAGAUAAAUGUAAUCAAUUUGUUAAGCUUAGAAAAUUUCAUUCGAACGAAAUUUGAAUCGAUGGAUGAAGACAAUGUCAAACGAAAAAUGUUUGAAAACCUUCUAUUAACGGUAGGGAACCAGAUUAAGGAGUUGAUAGUUGCUACCGAUUUGAAUAGACUGAUAACUGUUAUCAACAGCAGCAAAAAUCCUGGUCGUAUUUUCGAACUGAUCCCGAGAAUAGUUCAGGGCAUCGAUUUAACUAAUUUUAGUGAAAUGGAUCGGAUUUUCCAAUUUUCUAUGCAACUGCCGAAAGCGAACCAACUGAAAUUGAUCAGCGAAGUGCUUUCUGAAAUGCGUAGAAAAACUCAAUAUCAACAUCUCUUUCAUGUUAUCCUACAAGUAAGAAUCCUAAGAAAUGCAGUGAAUGAUGGAUCGGUAGAAGAAUGUUUACUUUCGACUGUAGAAAGGGAAAUCCCAUCAGAAUUGAACCAACUACUUUCCGAUAGCACUCAAUGGCAAAUUAAAUAUUUUGAUUCUGAUCUCCAUUCUGGUGAAUAUUUGUAUUUCUCAAAUUCGGAAAAGUACUCGAAAUAUCUACUGUUUUUACGUCCUACUGAAUUUGAAAACGGCUGGAAGUUUCUGAGCGCACAAUCGAAUUCUGUGUUAGUAUAUCAUUCCUAUUAUUACUUGAGCGUAGAAUAUUGCUUUCAUAAUGAAUCAUUCCCUACAGCAAUCGAAAGUGAUAGUGACCUGUCCCAAAACAACUGGUACAUUUUAAUGAGCAAUGAUCUUACUUAUGUUCAAAUAAAAAAUAUUUACACAAACGAACUGUUGAUCGCCGAGAAUAUCCAGGAGAUUGAUGAUGAACGAAAGAGUCGUUUUCGUGUAGCAUUGUCUGCAAAUUGCCUAGAUUGUGAUGCUAGUAAAUGGUUGUUGGAAUCAAACGAAAGACAUUAUUUACCCCGCAAUUCUGUUUGCCCAAAGGGUUAUUAAUAAAGAAUUGGUCUUGUAUGACUACGAUCUGACAAAAGCUAUUAGAAUUAAUUAUUUCAAUUGUCAUCGACUUUUAAUAGACUGUAUGAUAAUGAGAUUACAUGAGAUUGCAUUAGAAUAUAAUAUCCAUGAAAUUGAAUGUAAAAAAAAAAUAAUUUCAAUCAAUAAAAACUAAAUUAACAUCACAAACUGUAA